AUUGUAUACAGAAGUUCCACUGCUGUUGUUCAGAUAUUUAUUCAGAUGAGUUCAGAAAUGUGGGAUUUUGACAUAAAUGGCGACUUAUACUUUGAGAAGGCAGUGAACGGAUUUUUAACAGAUUUAUAUGCUAAAUGGAAGGAACAGUGUUGUCUGCAUGAUGUAACUAUUGUAAUGUUUUCAAGAACAUUUUAUGAGGCCCACUCGAGAGAUGAGUUUCCACAGUACAUGCAGGAGUGUUUACAACAAGAUUACCUGGGGAGAUUUUAUGAGGACUUUUACAGAGUUGUGGUUCAGAAUGAGAGAUAUGAGGAAUGGACUGAAACAAUCAAACAGCUGAGGAAGAUAUUCAACGAGUAUUCUAAAUGGGUCCUUAAUUACCACACACUGCGAGGGUACAAAGUUCCCAAGGCAUUUAACUCUGCAGCUGCGCAAGGGAAUUUUCUUGAGACCCUUAACAUGUCUCUUAAUUUAUUUGAACGUUAUUACAUGGACCGGAACUUUGACCGAACUGGAAAGGUUGCAGUGGUAAUAACGCCUGGGGCGGGAGUAUUUGAGGUGGACCGGGAACUUACCAACAUAACAAAGCAGAGAACGAUAGACUGUGGUGUUGGAAGUGACCUUGUGUGCAUGGGAGAACAACCAUUACACGCUGCACCUUUAUUUAAGUUCCAUAGCAAGAAUCAUAAAAUAGCUUUUGAAGUUGGUGAUGAUUACAACAUUCCCCACUGGAUGAAUCACAGCUUUUAUACAUCGAAAAACCAGAUUCAGUUUUAUUCUAACAAGACGUUUGUUCCAAGGAUCAAAAUUCCCCCAGAAAUAUUUGAUAAGAAGAAGCAGAAAGAAGCUGUUGUAGAACAAGAACUGUCUUAUGGUUCGGAUGAUGAUAACUUCCCAUUUGUAGACUAUGAUGAAUAUGAUGCUCAGGUGUUUAAGUUACCAAGCAGAAAUAUUUCUAGUCUGAGGAAAGCUAGCAGCACAAAAGGUCCCAAGUCUGACAUCAGGAAACAAAAUCCACAGACUUUUCUAGAGGCUAAAUUAUUCCACAUCCCUCGUACACGUCACACCUCUGAUGAUGUUUCAUUGCUUCCGGUGCAGAAACCUGACCUGAAGCUCGGCACUUCACCGGAAAUGUCGAUACCUUCGGUGUCAAGUAGCGGAGAUGACCUCUCCUCUUCCUUAGGAUGUUACCCGAUAUUUCCGAAAAAACCUUUUGGUGCGUGUGACUCGGAUAAUGAUUUACACCUUGGUUUGAGACCUAUUGUUGGCAGUGCUGGUUCACCAGUGGGGCACAGAAACUUUCUUAACCAUUACACGCGACAUCGUGCCCUCAUAAACCCAUUUGCACCGUCAAGAAUGCAGUUUAAAAUGACAUCUAACAGGAGAAGAUGGAUUCAUGCUUUCCCAACUGACCCUCGUGGAGUGGCUGUACAGACACAUCAUGUCCAUACCUACAGUUAUAAUGACAACAAUGAUCAGGAAGAUGUUGACCUUUGUGAACUCACUCCUGAAGUCAUAGAGGCUGCAGAGUUAGCUGUCAGGGCAAGGAAAGAAUUAGGAAAUAGUAAAAGUAGCGAUAAACUUUCAGAGUCGAGCACGCUAGAUGACUUGACCAGUAUGUCAGGGGCUUCUCCGUUACGGAAAGUAGGGUUACAUGAUCAUGGUCGAAGCUUUCACAGGGACUUUAAAGGUCAAAAGUCAUUCAUGUGGGGUCCGACAGGUGAACAGGAAUGGUCACCAGAACUUACAACAGGACAAGAUUGGCGCCCUCUAGAUGAUGCAGAAAUCAAUCAAGCGGAAUCGCGCCUAAUAAAGCCGAUUCUGACAGCUGAUAUUGAAAAUACACAAAACUUUUGUGCCGGCAUAA